AUGUCUCAGAGGUCAUCUGUGCCAGAUCAACAGCUGGUAUCAAUCGCUGUUGAUAAAGAAAAAAGUUCUGAAGGCGACAGGUGUUCAAUUUGUGGAAAAAGAAAUUGUCCAUCAGAUCCUAAACUGCGUUCGAAAAUAACUACUACCAGUGAGAAAUCCACAGAUGUAACAACUGCAGAAGCUGAGAAAAUGUCUCAGAGUUCAUCUGUGCCAGAUCGACAGCAGGUGUCAGUUGCUAUUGCUGAAGAAAGAUCUUCUGAAGGCGACAGGUGUUCGAUUUGUGGGAAAAGAAAUUGUCCUGCAGAUCCUAAACUGCGUUCGAAAAUAAACCAAAUGCCCAUGCCCCAAAAGUCACUUGUUGGGAAAUCAAAGUCUCCACGAAAGUCCAAGUUCUCCCAGGUUAAUGUUAUGAAGGUGAAGAAGACGAAGACUCCAUUCAAACACUGCAUUUAUACUCGAAGUUUAACAAACAGAUUGGCUAAACGCAUCGCUAAUCACACACCACUUCAUGUCUUCAAGUUAAAGGGUCAGCUCUUCAAAGCAGUGGAAGAUGGAGAUGUAGUAAAAGUGCAGGAAUUAAUACAAGAUACAGGAGCAGCUGUGAGGAAAAACAAGAGCAGAUGUACACUCCUUCACACUGCAGCGUCUCACAACCAAGCGGAUGUGGUGAUGUUUCUGCUGAAAUUGAUCAGUCCCAAUAUUACCAACGAGGAGGGACAGACUCCAGCUCACGUGGCCGCUGAAAAGGGUCACACGCAAGUGCUGAAACUUUUAAUGAGUGACUCUGACUUCGAUGCCGACAAACGGGAUAAUUGCCACAAAACAGUAAAAACCCUGCUUGAUGGCCAUCUGUUCAAGGCCGUAUUAGAAGGGAACAAGAAAGAAGCAGAAAGACUGUUGGCAGUUGGUGCAGACCCAGACAGUCACGGUGGAAAGCUGGUGAAUGGAGUGUUGGCACGAGAGCUUGGAGUGACUACAGCUGGCCUCCUUGCCAGUGCCCUGAAUAUGGAAUGGGCUGUAACCAUGUUUGCCAAGAAUGCAAGAAAUGAUAAAACCGGUGAAACUGGCCUUCUGACAUCAGCUGUCUCAAACUCUGUGCAGCUUAAAGUUCCCUCACGACAAUUUCGUGUGAGACAUGCAACGGCAAUUCAAGGUGCUGAUGUGUACAAGAUGGACAAGGAAGCACGAGGCUUUGUUCGCAUCUUGAACUUCAGUUGUUUCAAGGACAGAUCCGACCUGAACCUCCAGCAACUCGACUACGAUGCUUGCAUAAUAGUACAGGAUUUAACUUAUUCAAUUAAAGUGAACUCUCCUUUCUUACAGAUUACAGGACGUGAAAAACCCAUGUAA